AUUAACAUCUUUCGCACCAUAAUUUAUUGGCUUUAUACUUUCAGAUUCUUUCAUUCACUUGUUUCUUUGAGCUCUUAAUCAAACAAUGGCUUGGACAUUCAAUUCUAUGCUGAUUGCUGCCGCAUUCUUACUGCUGGCGAUGUUGGCUUCUCAGGCUACGGCCCGGAGCUUGCAUGAAGCCUCAUUGACUGAAAAGCACGAGCAGUGGAUGGUUGAACACGGACGGGUUUACAAGGAUGAGGCAGAGAAGGCAAAGCGAUUCAAGAUUUUCAAGGAAACUGUGGAGUACAUUGAGGCCUUCAACAAGGCUGGGAACAAGUCUUACGUGCUGGGCAUUAACCGAUUUGCUGACCUGACAAACGAAGAGUUCCUAUCAGCCAGCACUGGGUACAACUACAAACCAAGGAAAGACGUAUCUCAAGGAACUUCAUUCAGGUAUGCAGAUGUCAGUGACGCUCCGCCUUCCAUGGACUGGAGACACAAAGGUGCUGUCACUGGAGUCAAGGACCAGGCAGCUUGUGGAUGUUGUUGGGCUUUUUCAACUGUUGCAGCCGUAGAAGGAAUUCAUAAACUCAAAGCCGGUGAGCUAAUCUCGCUGUCUGAGCAACAGCUUGUUGACUGUGAUACUAGUAGUAAUCAUGGCUGCAGCGGAGGUCGCAUGGAUAGUGCAUUUAAUUUCAUUGCUAGCAAUGGCAUCGCCACUGAAUCCGAGUACCCAUAUCAAGGAGCUGAUGGCACUUGCAAUAACGACCAAGGAGCUGUCCAGAUCACAGGUUAUGAAGAUGUCCCUCAGAAUAACGAGGAUGCUCUUCUGCAGGCCGUGUCUAAACAACCCGUAUCAGUUGGCAUUGAAGGCAGCGGCAUGGACUUCAAAAACUAUAAAAGCGGCGUUUUCUCCGGCGAUUGUGGGAAUAACUUGGACCAUGCCGUGACACUAGUUGGAUACGGUACAAGUGAGGAUGGAACCAAGUAUUGGUUGGCUAAGAAUUCCUGGGGAACUAGCUGGGGUGAGGAUGGGUACAUGCGCCUUCAGAGAGACACUGGUGCUCCAGAAGGCCUUUGUGGCAUCGCCAGCCAGGCUUCUUAUCCCACUGCUUAGAAUAGUUUAAAUGUUGAAAUAAUUGCUGGUGCUUCAUUAAUUAGAAAGCAAUUCUGCUUUUUCUAUAUAUCACGGUCUGAUGUUAUAAGCAUGAAACUAGCAUCUUGUGAUGCAGUGCCUUUUAUUACGUAUCUCAUAUAGCCUUUAUCAGCUCAACAUGUAUUGUUUCUUGUUUUUGCCAGAAUAAAUGAUGUUUGGUCUCUUUAGUGAA